GGGAUAUGGACCAAACGCGGGCAGCUGGGACAUGUUGGCCGGUGUGGGCAAGUUGGGCCGAAGGGCCUGUUUCCACACUGUAUCACUAUGACUCUAAAGAUGAUCAAAGCACAGUUACCUGAUGCAGAUUCAUGCUUGGAUUUAUUUUGCUAGCAGUUCUGUGCCAUCUUCCUGACGUGCCAUUGAAUGGACGGAUCGAGGCAGGGUUUGGCCCGACGUACAUGUACAGAGACACCAUCAGCUACAGCUGCACUGAAGGCUUUGAAAUGGUCGGCCAGAGUGUAAUAGAAUGUGCAGAAAACAACACCUUUGUACCUGGACCCCCCUCCUGUAAAGCUGUCUCAUGCGCUGCUCCUCCACCGAUUAGUAACGGGAACACUUCCUCACCAGCCGACGGAGAGCUCUGGGAAUACGGGAUGGUGGCGGAGUACUCCUGCAGUGCCGGCUAUUCAUUAAUCGGAGCGGGCAGACUGGUUUGUACAGAGACCGGGGAAUGGGACAACACACCACCAACGUGCACAGCUGUUCUGUGCCACCCUCCUGACGUGCCGUUGAAUGGGCGGAUGGAGGGGGAUUCUGGCCCGGUGUUCACGGUGGGAGACACCAUCAUCUACAGCUGCGACCAAGGCUUUGACAUGGUCGGCCAGAACGAAAUAGAAUGUGGAGAAAACAACACCUUUGUGCCUGGACCUCCCGCCUGUAAACUGAGAGACUGUGGUAUUCCAGGAGAGAUAGCCAAUGGAAAAGUUCAGGCACCAAACUCUACAUUUGGAAGCAGAGCUGCUUUUAAUUGUGAACCUGGGUGAGUAUUUGGUUACAUCUGAGUCUUGAGAGAUUACAGACGGCAGGGACA